AUGCUUCGCACGUGCCGCUUGUCGAGUAAAUUCGGGAGCUCUUUUAAAAUUUCAUUAAGUCGAGCUUAUGCUAGUGUCGCUGCCUUACCUGUGACAGUCACAAAGUCUAAAGCUGGAAUUACUGUCGUUUCGGUUGAAGAUAGUGCCCCUGCUUCCUCUGUCUCCCUUGUGGUAAAGGCUGGUUCUCGGGAGGAGGGUACUGAUAAUGUCGGUGUGGCUCAUUAUUUAAAGAAUUUUGCUUUUAAGAAUACAUCGGCACGAACUGCGUUCCGCACUACGCGUGAAGCAGAAUUACUUGGUGGCUUCCUAUCUGCAAAUUUGGCAAGAGAAAAUUUAAUACUAUCCGCUGAAUUUUUACGCGGUGACCUUGGUUAUUUUAUGGAAAUCUUAUCCGAUAUUGUCUUUAAGACAAAAUAUGAACAACACGAAUUUCCUAACAUCAAGGAGAGUGUCAAUUUUGAAAGAGGUGCUGCUGCUGCUAUUCCUGAAGUCACAGUUAUGAAUGCUGCACAUUCUGUGGCCUUCCGUCAUGGCCUUGGCAAUUCUUUAUUUGCUGAUGAUGCAACGAAAGUUUCAAAUAGUUCAGAUGUUAAAGCAUUUGCUAAUAAAGUUUAUACUGCUCCAAACAUCAUGAUUGUGGGUACUUCUGUAAAUCAUGGAGAGUUAUUAAAUCUUACAGAUUCAUUGUUUCAAAAUAUCAGUCACGCUAUUCCUUCUACUCCAAUUGCUUCAAAAUACUUUGGUGGGGAAUGUAGAAUUUCUAUUCCAGGUGAUAGCCAUUUUGUUCUUGCUUUUUCAGGUGCUCCUGCGGGUACUUCCGACUACGCUGCCCUUCAAAUUUUACGUUUUCUCAUUGAUGGUGAAAAGGGCACAAAAUGGGGUGAAGGCGUUAACGUAUUAGCUCAAAGAGCAAGUAAGCUUGAUGAUACAAAAAUUAGUUUCUUUAAUGCUGGAUAUUCGGAUGCCGGUCUCUUUGGUGUGCAUAUCUCAGGAAUAGCUACGUCUGUAUAUUCUGCUGCUCGUUCCGCUGUCGAACAAUUAAAACAUGCCGCAAAUAAGAUUUCAAAAGAUGAUUUCGCGCGAGCUUUAGCAAAGGCUCGUUUUAAUGCUGCCGCUGCUUAUGAGACACGCGCUUCUAAAACAGAAAUUUUCGGUAACCAGAUUCUGUUUUCUGGAAAAGUCACCACUGUGACUGAAGCUCUUACCCAAUUUGAUCGUUUCAAAGUCGAAGACAUUCAAAGCUGUAAACCUACUGCAGUUGCACUCGGUGAUGUCAGCGCCUUGCCAUACUCUGAUAGUCUUUCUCUUUAA